GCCGUCACGACCGAACGUACCCGUACUAUCUCUAUAUGACAUACAUAUAACAUACAAACAAGAAAGUGCUGUGCAGUGGUUCGAGUUUUGGAUCUGUGUUUGGAUUCUGGAGUUUAUGAUACAGCGGCUCAGAGACGCUCCGCUUCCAUCUUAGAAAGGAACUCUGUUAGCAUCUCAAUUUAAAAGCAUAUGGCGCGGUGAUGGCCAGUCGCGUGCGCGCGCUCGCGCUGUGGUGCGCUGUCGCCUGCGCCGUCGCCAGCGCGGCCGCAUACACCAUCGACUGCAACCACGACUACACCGACUGCGAGGCGGAAUUCGGUAAACUCGCGAUAAACGAUGGGGAUCCUUUGCUACCGCUAUCAUCUGAAAUUGUCACAGAGAGAGCAGAACCUGUUGAACCGAUAACUUCUACCACAUCGACAACCACAACUACAACUACCAGUACAACUACUACAACUCAAACACCUAGUACAACUUCUGAGCCUGUAACAACUACUGUUGAAGCUAAUGAAGUACCAGACUCAAAUUCGAAACCUAAACCUAGACUGCUUAAUCUGAAUGUAGACGAACUACAGAAUUUUGCAAAUAUACUACACAAUCAAACCGAAUCUAAAAAUUCUAAGAAAUAUUUUGAUCUCAGUGAUGUUGAUCUGGAUGCGGAAAAUGACGAAGACACGUCCUUAGAGCAUCAUGAAGAAAAGCAUAUUAAGAUACCAGAUAAGUUUUACUCAAAUCUUCAGGAGCCAUUCCAUCCGAUGUUAAAUGUCGAUAGAAGUGAUGAAUCGGAAACCUGUAUUGAUAAUGGAAUUACUCAUAAGAUCGGGGACAAAAUAGAUCGUGGUUGCGAUGAAACAUGUGAAUGCACGCCCGGCGGGCAGCUGGAGUGUGCGCCGAGAUGUCAGAGCCCAUUCAUCCGUCGCGGCCGGCGCCUCAACGAUCCGCUGUGCUUCGAGUCCCCGGUUGAUGAAUGCUGCUCUAUUAUAGCCUGCGCCACGGGAAAUGAUGCAAAGACAACGUCCGUCGAAGUGUGCCACUAUAAUAACAUAACGUACACAGUAGGCAGCAAGUGGAAUGUUGGAUGUGAGCAAACGUGUACUUGUGAAAAAGACUCCGUAGUAACGUGCAAACCAAGAUGUAACCGCUUGCCACAGUCAGAAAAAUGUAUAAAUGUUCAAGAUCCAAAAGAUGAAUGUUGCGAAGUCCAGGUUUGCGAUGUUUCGCAAGAUGACCAUGAAGAAGUACUUGAUAAUGCUAAUAGUACGACUGAAGCACCCAAAGAACGCAAUGAAUUAGCAAUGGAAAAAAGUACAAUGAGACCGCUUGUGCUAAUAGAACCUAUUGGGUCUAUAAAAGUACUGCACAACAACAGCGUACAAGUGAAUUUAAUGCAUGCAAACAACAGUGAUGAUCCAAUCCAUCUUCAAUUGAGUGAUAAUGGUGGACUAACGUAUGAUGAUAUAGAACUAAAAUAUUCGAACCUCAUUUUAAACUUGAAAGGCGGGAAAAACUAUAUUUUAAAAACGAAGGAGACAGGAACUAAAUUUAAUUUCACAAUUACCUCGACUGACGGAAAUGAGGGACCGAUGGAAGAACUAAAGAAUAAAACAAAGUUUGGUUGCUAUCACGAUAAUAAAUAUUACGAAGUUGGGGAAGAAUUUCAAAUUGGAUGUUCUGAAAUUUGCGAGUGUACCGGCCAAGACACUAAAGAAUGUGCACCAAUGGUGUGCCCGUCACACGUGGGCUUAGAAAUUGUGUCAAAGAGCUGUGUACAGUGGGCUCCCAAUCCACCUCCUGUACCACCAAACUGUUGUCCCAGAACUGCAAGAUGUUUAAGUGACGGCACUUGCCAUUAUAAGGGUGUCCCCGUUCCAAACUGGAGUAAAGUACCAAUAGAGCUUACUGGUUGUGAAGAGCAUUGUUUUUGUGAAAACGGUGAACUAGACUGCCAAGAAGUAUGUAGCCCAUUACCACCUUUACCACCACAAAAUCUACGCUGUCCUCCCAUGCACCGACCGGCUCCGAUGAAUGUAUCUGAUGAGGAUUGUUGUAAGGAAUGGGGCUGCGUACCACAUGAUACAUCUAAACCUAUGUUUCCCGUUAAUCCACAUUCACAAGUUCCAUUUCUUCCUACAGUGCCUCCUGAUAACAACCACUACCCUCAAGAAGAAAUCCCUGAUUACGACCAGAACAAUGUCCAUCGUCCUGUCCAUCCCCUCGGUCCUGCCCUGGCCGGUCUACCCCCUGGACUCCACAUCACUAGUGGGGAUGAUAACAAACGGCUAUCAGUAUUGUCCCUGCAAGGAGAUUCGCCGACCAGCAUCAAGAUGCUUUUUGGAUUACCAUCAGUUUUGGUUGGACUUAAAGGAAGCAUAGACCUGCGAUAUACUGAUACAGAUGAUCCAGAUAUCUCCCAAUGGUAUUCUCAAGUGUUUGCUCCAGCAGACGAAGUCCUCACAACUCCUCGACUUGAGUUCCGCUUGACUGGCUUGAAGCCAUCCACCACAUACAAGAUUAGAGGAAAAUUAUAUCUGCACAGCAUUCCCGUUGAGCCUGAGAGUGAAAUUCUAACAGUCCGUACCCAAGAUUUACCAACCAUUGCCACCGUGGAAGAAAAACGUCGCGAGAUAGAUUGCAAGUUGAUGGUCCUCGAUGUUAAUGACACCACCGCCCACCUCGCCUGGAGACAUUUUACUGAAGACGAGCUAAUGCUGAUUGACGGCAUACAAGUGAGGUACCGUUCCACGGGAUCCCCGUUAUACAGCAUGACUGAGCUUCUACACCACAGCAGGUCCACGGCUGAACUAACAGAUCUGAGGCCGGGGAGCACAUACGAGGCAUCUUUGGUGUUGAUGCCGCCACCUCGAGCGACCACUGAGCUAUUCGAUUCUGGGAAAGUCGAGUUUACCACAGCUCCAUAUAUUGACCCAUACAACUGGACAGUAGAGGUUGAGGCUCGUGAGGUAGGCGCAGAGGCGGUAGAACUGACGUGGCGCGGCGUGCCCAUGCCGGCCGAGAAGUGGGUGCGCGUGUACCGCGCCGCCCACGACUGCGGCGAUAGGCAUGACCACGACGCCUUUAGGCUAGCCACGAGGGACUCCCAGCCAGCGAUCACUCUUACCGGACUCGAGGCUGAUACGAAGUGCCGAGUCUGGCUGGACCUGUUCUUAACCAACGGAAAAGUGAAAACGAGUAACGUGCUGGAGAUCCACACGAAAUCUCUGGAUUCACCUGAAAACAUUGACAACGUGAUCGAGUCGUCAUCCAUCGCGCGUGGUCCGGCGCGCGGGGACUACUACGGCGCGCUGGUGGUGGUCGGCGUCGUGGCCGCGCUGGCGGCGCUCGCGGCCGUGCUGUUGCUGCUCGUCGUAGUCAGGCGACAUCGCCCACGAUCCGUGCAAAUUACGUCUGUGCCAUCAGCGCCCCGAGAGUCAUCACUGCCGCCUUACGACAACCCGGCAUACAAACUUGAGAUACAGCAGGAGACUAUGGACCUCUGACAGUUAAAUUCCCGUGGGCAGAGCAACGGAGUGAACGGCACCUCGGAGCGGGGCGUUGACGUGCCCAACGGGAAGACUUACAACGAGAUGGGGGUUUAAACCCCUUUUGGACGUUCAAACCCCUGGUGAAAGUGAAGUGACGUUUCUGGCAGAAAGUGACUUUUUUACCCGAUAAAGCAACAGGAAGAGUAAUGAUUGGGCAUCCUUCGUAUCUGUUCCAACGAAGUGCCUAAACUACCGAUCUAAUAUUUGUAAAUUAGGUGUCAUGAUAUUGGGUGUAAUACUCUUGUAGUCGGGUUAAAGUUUCUUAGGUUAUAAGAUUAUAAUCUGUGGAUACAUUUUUAUUUAUUUUAUGGACGUAUCAAAGACCUAUUAACCUAUUUCUUAUGUCAAUGGGCCAUGUAUACAGUAUACCCGAGGAAAUUGAUUCCUAGGCAGUUGACAGACCUACG